AUGUUUCGUGAUUGUCUUUCUAAGUUCAAGAAAAGUGUCCGUGGAGUUGAUUGCAUUGAUAGCAAUUUCCUUCCAUCUGUUGAUAAUGGACAAUUUCUACGCGUUGAGAUUAAAAGAAAGGGAAGAGGCUAUAAGCUCAAGCAAAGCAUCAAAAGAAAAUUAAGUAAAGUCUUCCCUAAGAGUUCAAGAGAAGAUUCUGGAAGCAAAAUGGAAAAUACUUUGUCAUCAUCUCGUCAGAUUUCCACCCAAAAUACUGGGGAACCUUGGAACACUUCGGUAUUCACUUCAAAGGCUAUCUUGGGAUUUGACUUUAAAAAUAUGAAACAUUCUUUUGGAUUAUUCUUUGGUAGUACAGAACAAAAACCGAAAGAUCAGACCAAGAAAGUCAAAUCCAAGCAUGGCACUCCUGUCAAAAAACCCAAGCACGAGUUUGAUGAUAACGUGAAAGUUCAAAUUAUGCUCAGAGGCAUUGGAGUCGACUACAUCCUAGAAGGUUUUGACGAUGCAAGCUUCGAAGACAUCAUUAAGACUCGGACUAGUGACGAGUUAAAAAGAAUGUAUUUAAUUUUCGAGGUUGUGUUGUAUCACUUGAGGAAGGGCCGACAUGAAAGCUCAGAGUUUUACCAAAAAACAUCCAGCCGUUUGAUGGCGAUUGAAAAGGAGAUACGACUCUAUAUAUGGGGCCACAAGAACGGAAGUAGCAAAGGAACCGAUGAGAUCAAACCGCUGGUCGACUUUGACUUGGAUAAAGAUUCACAGGUCAGGUUUAGAACCAGAGGUGUAAUCUAUGACAUGGAAAUGCUUGACGAGCGGGGCUUCGAAUACCUUCUUCAUAGUCGCACUAAAAGUGAGUUGAAAGAUUUGAGAAAACAGUUCAUGAGAUCUGUAGAGUUCUUGAUACUGCGUGAGAAUGAAGGUUCUAAUCUUUACGCUAUAACUUGCAGUCGUCUACAAGAAAUUGAACUCACAUUGAGUUCAAAGUUCAAUCAAGCUGAAAAAGUAAGCAAAGCCAGUGAUGCCAAAUCAGUUGAAGCCAAUAAAUCCAAUAAAUCCUAUAACGGCUUAAUGACGAUAAUGGGUUUUUUUGCACAGUUCUUUGUCGUAAAGCUAGGUUAG